CAUUGGGCAAGAGUUGUAAAAGUUUUCACGUCGUCGCGCGGUGAAGGGUGAAAAUUUUGAUUUUUCCAUUCGAAAACCGAUCCGGAACCGUCCAAUUUUCACGUGUUUCGGUGCGCGGCCACUUCGGGUACCCCUUCGCGAUAAAAUGGAACCGUCGGAAGCGGCCCGAAUAGUGCAAUGAACGGAAUUUUCUGGGCAGUGUUCAAUUAGGAAACAGCGAAAAAAUAGAUUUUUCGCCCUCAUCAUCAUCACCAAUAUCAACAUCAUCACCGUCAUCAUCCACUGAACCUCAAAAAUACCCAAACUUGAGAACUUUCCCCGCCAACCCGAAUGAAACUCCCUCCCUACAGGUUUGGCUAUUGGUGGCAUAACCCAAAGUUAAGCUUUUAAAGGAGAACUCAUCCCCCAAAAUCUGAUACCGCAAUAAAAUGGAAAUCAAAAUAAAAAAAAAAUACUGCAGGUACGGGAAUCACACCCAUACCUGCAAUGGCUCUGCGAUUACCAUCUCAGGAUGCUAACCACUCGACCACCGAAGAGUUGUUGAGAGAGCCAGCUACAUAAUCGUAUAUCCGAAACUUUCUGCGAAUGAAGCGGGAAUAAAAGUUAUCCCCCAAAAAAAACAGUUCUUCGCUUUGAACUUACCCCCCAAACCUAAAUCUGCCACGAUGGAGUGUCAGGAACAGCAAAAGGGAGAAGCUAAGUAGUUCAGCACGCAAAAGUUCCCGUUUUAUUGUUUCGUUUGUUGUCUGCUUCGGGAAGUUGCCAGAACCAGCGUUGGAAGUUCCGUCCACGCUGAGCAGGAAGGUUCUUGGCCGCCUAAGAAAGGUUUCUUCGCUUUUUCACUCGGCGAAGGUUCCAAACAAAAGUUACAAAGAUAGAUACCGUGUGGGGUUGGGCCUCUGCCCCGCUGCGCCUUGCGGCCAACAGGAUGGGCGACGUACUGAUAUCGGACCGACCGCCGUCUCCGGCGAGACUCUCUCACACUUCGGAAAAACAUCCCCGGGUCACGCUCACGGAGCUGAACGUAUUGCGUCGGCACCGGGAGCUGUGCGAUGUGGUGAUCAACGUUAGUGGCCGUAAAAUAUUCGCCCAUCGGGUCAUCCUGUCGGCCUGCAGUCCCUACUUCCGGGCCAUGUUUACCGGGGAGCUGGAGGAAUCGCGACAAACCGAGGUCACCAUUCGGGACAUCGACGAGAACGCGAUGGAACUGUUAAUUGACUUUUGCUACACCUCACACAUUGUGGUAGAGGAAUCAAAUGUGCAAACGCUUCUGCCGGCUGCCUGUUUGUUGCAACUUGCCGAAAUCCAGGACAUUUGCUGCGAGUUUUUGAAACGUCAACUGGAUCCAACCAACUGUUUGGGUAUUCGGGCGUUUGCGGAUACACAUUCGUGCCGGGAAUUGCUUAGGAUUGCCGACAAAUUUACGCAACACAACUUCCAAGAGGUGAUGGAGAGCGAAGAGUUCCUGCUGCUUCCGGUGGGUCAGCUGGUGGAUAUUAUUUGUAGCGAUGAGUUGAACGUGCGUUCAGAGGAACAAGUCUUCAAUGCAGUGAUGGCUUGGUUGAAAUAUAACGUAGCCGAACGCCGACAGCAUUUGGCUCAAGUUCUGCAGCAUGUCCGGAUGCCUCUGCUAAGUCCAAAGUUCCUAGUAGGAACAGUUGGUUCGGAUUUGCUGGUGCGUUCCGAUGAAGCCUGUCGGGAUUUGGUCGAUGAGGCUAAGAAUUAUUUAUUGCUUCCGCAAGAGCGUCCGCUAAUGCAGGGCCCCCGAACUCGGCCAAGAAAACCUACACGUCGUGGCGAGGUUUUGUUUGCUGUCGGAGGAUGGUGCUCGGGUGAUGCUAUUGCUUCAGUAGAACGCUUUGAUCCAGAAACGGCCGAUUGGAAGAUGGUUGCUCCGAUGAGCAAGCGACGAUGUGGUGUCGGAGUAGCCGUUUUGAAUGAUUUGCUGUAUGCGGUUGGUGGCCACGAUGGUCAAAGUUAUCUGAAUAGUAUCGAACGAUAUGAUCCGCAGACGAAUCAAUGGAGCUGUGAUGUUGCUCCGACGACGAGUUGCCGCACCAGUGUCGGAGUUGCGGUACUUGAUGGCUUCCUGUAUGCAGUUGGUGGUCAAGAUGGAGUGCAAUGUUUGAAUCACGUUGAACGUUACGACCCCAAAGAGAACAAAUGGUCUAAAGUGGCCCCAAUGACAACUCGUCGCUUGGGCGUUGCUGUUGCCGUUCUCGGUGGCUACCUCUACGCCAUCGGGGGAUCGGAUGGUCAGUGCCCGCUAAAUACGGUUGAACGGUAUGAUCCUCGUCAAAACAAGUGGUGCGCCGUUAGUCCGAUGUCCACCCGACGAAAGCACUUGGGAUGUGCGGUAUUUAACAAUUUCAUCUAUGCCGUUGGAGGUCGAGACGAUUGUAUGGAGCUGUCCUCGGCCGAAAGGUACAACCCACAUACUAACUCCUGGAGUCCAAUUGUAGCCAUGACGUCUCGACGAAGUGGGGUCGGCCUGGCCGUAGUUAAUGGACAGCUGUAUGCCGUCGGCGGCUUUGACGGAACUGCCUACUUAAAAACGAUCGAAGUGUACGAUCCGGAAACGAACCAGUGGCGUUUAUGCGGUUGCAUGAACUACCGUCGAUUGGGUGGAGGUGUUGGUGUGAUGCGAGCUCCUCAAACCGAAAACUACAUGUGGAUUCGAAAAGAUUCUGUUGUUUAACAUUCAUAUACAUCCGCCUAGUUUGCAAUAAAUAAAAACCGUGUACACAAUAGAAUCAGAAGUUACGUUCACAAGACACAUACCAGAAUCGCUAGAAAGAAACCACUUACACACGCACACGCAAUCCGUCGGCUGGCCAGUUUGGAGUGGAUCCGCACUUCACAGUUGGUUUGGUAAAGCAACUAAAUGCAAGAUGUGAACCCUUGGAAACAACUGCGUCGAAUUUUUAUACUCUGUGGGAAUUCAGCGAAACGUGCGAAAAUCUCUUAAAAUUGGAAAUGAGUGUGUUUGGAAAUUCGGAACGAUAUAAGUUGAAAACAAAUUUUUUCUUCAAAAUUAUGUUGCACGAUGGGUUCAACGUCUUAUAAGAGACUGUGCUGUUACAAACACUUCCAUCAUCGUCACACAGGAAUAAAAUAGUGUCGCUAAUCUCGAACAGUACAUUGCACUUGCACAUAAUCGCCUCUAGAUGUUAUUUAGUCAAACAAAAGUAAGCUAACUUAGUAGAAGCAGGGAUUGUUCAACGCGAUUUUCAUUAUUGCAUUAAUUCAUCCAGUUUAUUUUCGUAAUGUUCCGAAACAUGGUAUCGAUUCUGAUUAGUCUAUUCCAUGAUGCUGAUCGCUAAAUAUAGAUUGUUUGUUUAUUAAAUCCUUUAUUUAGUAUGUGUGUCAAUUUUAUGGCUUUCAAAUUUUUACUGUUGUUCACUAUGUGUACAUGUGGCGAGCGUUUUCUCAUAAGUUUUUUUUUUAUAAAACUCAUCCUCAUAAAACACACGAAAAAAAAACUAUUCGAUCUCAUCAUUCCGUUUCCGUAUCCGCAAGAUGCACUUUGAGUUUUGAUUACUGUUGAGCGAAGAAGAAGUAUCCGGAAAACGGUGAUGUUACCGUUGAUUAUACACUCUGUAACAUUUGAGCAGAAAAUUGAACAUGAUACAAAUCAGAAGAAGCAAAGACGCCAACCAAGUUAAAUGAAACCGAACCCUUUAUCCCAACUUGAAUUUCUCAAUGUGAUUGAUGUUGAUUCUGAGAAAUCCAGUGGAAAAAAUCAAUGUAGGUUAAGAUUAAGAAACCAUUUUUUUUUCUAGAAAUUAUAAUACAAAUUGGUAUACAAAAGGAAACCAAUUUUAAUGAAAGUAAUUUUUCCAAACUCUCAGCAAAGAUCUGGAAUCUUCUUUUUUUUCCUUUUUCUGCUAGUUUAGUCAGAGCUUUGUCAACGCAACCGUAAAUAGAGUUUAGAUAUUCUAUAGAAAACCAAAAUUUUAACGCUUAUCUAAAUCAAAAAUAAAAAGUUUAGAACAAGAAGCACCUUUGCUGUGUUAAGUUCGGUUUAUUCGUCGAUUGAAUCGAUAAAACUAUUACUCGGCUUGUAAUAUAACAAAUGAAGGGAGAUCUAUAGAAAAAAAGAGGUUUACUUUGCGAAACAAAGAUAAGAAAGUCUUGUCCGUCGAUAAGAACGAUUGAAUUAAUUUUUAUUUUACUUUUUUUUUACAAUUUUACAUUACAUACACCUUUACUCGUAACUAAAUUAUUAACGAAAUAAAGUUGUUAACUUAAAACCUGUAGAUAAUAAGCUAUUGAAGAAAA